GACGUAAGAUAAAACUAGGAUUUCAUAGUGCGUUUGUCAUUCAGUCUGUUAAUAUUUAAGUCAUUUCACUGAAAAUUGAAUAUGUAUUUAACUUUUAAUGUGAUCUCGGUUGUUGCUGUUUUCAUUGGUUACACUAUAGUCGACGCCCAGCAUUGCUGCUUGAGUAAGAAAUUUUUCGGGAAAGGUUUUAUUGUCAAGGCAACGCUGAAGCCGGGUAGCAGUACUCCAUCGAUGUCUCAGGACAGCUUUGAAGUUGAUAGCGAUUAUGACCGGAAGUUGCACGCCGUAAAUGGAACAAAAAUAACGGAAACUGUAUCCGGGGAAGUAUUGGAGGUGUACCAAGUCAUACGUGACUUUAACCAUAUGAAAAAGUACUACUUUAAUAAUAUCCAUUGUGAUGUUGAGCACAUUGUUGACGAACAGAUGCCGGACGGAUGCGUGCCGAAAUCCCUGACUCUUAUCGGAACAUACACGAUGGGCUCUAGAAGCCAAUCAAUGCAGAUAAAUGGUUGGUCAGGAAAAGUUCUGAACGAAACAUGGACAUAUGCUACUACUGUAAAUGACUGUACGACAGUUUCUUACACAAUACUUGGUACACAACCAGAUGGUACAAAGAUUUCAGAGACUGCUCAAUUUGCUGACAUUGUCCAGCAAAGAAAUAGUUAUGAUGGCGUUUUCGACGUCCCUGACCAUUGCAAGCAUGGGGCAAGUGUGGUUGGAAAGUAAUGCUGUCAUGACAUUUGAUGUUUAAACAUGUAUUCGUAAGCCAAUAAAUUUAAAAAGAAAAA